UUUUGAAUAAUAGCUAUAUGAGGACUUGCUAAUUCUUUUCACAUGGGUCAUCAAGGAACCAAAAUGCAGUAAAUCACAUUCAGCUGUGUGCACACUACAUCCCCUCUCUAUGGUCUGGACUUGGCCUGGCACCCUAGAAAGGAAGUAUUGCCCUGAGCCACUGGAAACAAUAUGAUAGAUUCUUUCUCUGUCUCUAUCCUCCCCAUCCCCUGAUGUCGACCUCCCAGAUCAGGACAAGGGAAGCUAAUGAGAGCAGUUUGUUGCAAUGCUGACUAAUAUGUACUUAUUCUGGGAAUAAACAGGAGGUGCUUUGCUUUCAUGAGGGGUGAGAUUCAUUUUUGGAUAGUCAGACAGCUGUAGGUCUAGCACUAAUGGUUGUUCUCCAUGUAGCCCCUCCUAGCAUGAGUAUGGAUAUGUUGUAAGAGAUUGCUCUUGAGUCUUCUGGGGGGCUGGAAUAAAGCAGUGCCGGUGUGCUUGCUGGCCUGCUGCUGCUCCGGAGCUAACUUUCCUCUUAAAUGUGCCAAAUGUAGCAGAGAGAUCCAUUUGGAAAUAGCACUGAAAGUGAAAUUUAAUGAUGUAACAGUGCUGACUAAAGGGGAGGAGGGAAAUACCAAGAAUAAUCCAUGGAAAUAAGAAAAUGGUUAUUUUGUCAGCUAAAACCUACCCUUAGGAAUGCAGCCACGUACUGUGUGUUAUAUUGCAACUAUGCUUUACAACUAAGCAUCACAGCAAUUAAGGUUGAAAAGAGGAAAGAGAGGCUGAGGUGAUUUAACAAGUGUAUUGUGUUGUGCAAAUGAUCCAAUCCUUUAUGCUCUACAGAGUCUCUAGUUAACCACUGUGGAUUUUUAUGAAACACUCAUUCCCUUCUGAUAGCUGUUUAGAGACUACUUUUUCAUGUAACAUUUAUUGUAUGCUUACAAGAUCUCAGGAUAUGCAUCCCUGAUUCCUUGCAUAGAAAAACCUAGCUUCCUACAAAGGAGACCUAGGUCCUGGUGACUGCUGCUAAUGGCAGGAAGACAAACCAAAGUCGGUUCUGUCCCCUGCCUUCCUCUCCUAUUCCCUAUUACACCAUAUGGCUUCCCUCAAACUCUAAUGUGUUCCAUUGCAUUUAGACACUGUGUGGAAGGGAAGGCAGGAACGUUUUUCUCUCCAAAUAUAGUCAGACUGACAAUUCUAGCUGUAGUCCAAACCAAAUAUCCGGACUUGAGAACUUGAGGCCUCCAAUAUUCUUCAGAGUUCUGAAGUCACAACGCUUCUCUGCCCUUGUAUGAAAGCAGUCCUUGCAGGGGCUCAGACUGUCUGAUAAAACACAGACAAUAUUUUCAACUAUUGGAAGAGCCAGAAAUAAAACCUUAGAAUUUUGACUACCCUCUUGUCCUUGGCGCUUGGGCUUGCGCCCUAGGCAACACAGGCUCCUAGAAAUGAGCCUUGGGAGUUAUCUGAAACAUCUGAAAGGGGCUUAAAUUCUGGGAAGUGCUAUGACUCUGAGGCCAGUGAGGGCUGCAUCUGAGAGGCCUUUGAGCCCGGGUAUCUUUUGGGAAAGCCAUGACAUUCUUAACGCUGGGCACGUAACAGGGAUAAAAUGUCAAUGGAUGUGCACACUGUUAGUCUUCAUAAUCCUUAAAAUAUCUACAGAAGAGAGCUGUGCUUGAAAUUUAACGAGCACACUAUUAACAGACUAAGUAGAUCACCUGAACUUUUUCCUCUUUACCAGUGGCUACACCUGAGAAUUCCAGCCAGAGCUUGGGCACCAAUGAAUCCACAUGUACAGUGACUUUCUCAGAAGCAUUGUCAGUGUGCACAAGGUUAAGUUCAUGCAUCUCUCUCGACUCCACAAACUUUGUUUGUAGAUUUUGAAUACCCCAGCAUAAGAGCUUUCCUCGUCUGACCCUGCAACAAGUGAAAUUUGUCUUGGCAUUACUGCUGAACUGGUUUCUGAUGAAAUAUUUGGCUUAAAUUUUAAGUUUCAAAAGCAUUCAGCAGCCAAUGGCUUAGUGAAGCUGCACUCAUAGACACUGAAUCUUUAUGUGGAUGGGCACAGUGCACUGCCUGCAGAUGCAAGGGAAAAGGAACUAUCUGCUUUCGAAGAACCCUGUUCUGUCACUUCUAAUCUACCUAGACAACCUGCUUUCUACCUUGGUGAAGAAGCAGGACCCUAAAUGGUACAGAGGUCAUGAAUUCUCUGCAGCUAAAGAUUCCCAUUCAUCCACCACAUGUGGCACAAAAAGGGAAAUGGCUAACACACAAAUACAGAAUACUGUAGCUCCUGUGGAAAACAGCUUGGCUGUGCUAAACUUCAGUAGCUGCAUGAAUAAGCAUUCAGAAACAAUGACAUCCUCAAGAAUGUGCCUUUACUAAAGCUCUAGAUCCCAAUUUUUUUUGUGUGUGUGUGGGGGGGUGGAAUCUGGGCCAGGAUAUAUAUUCCACAAAAACUUUUACUUUCUUUACACUGAGAUAAAGGAAACUCUCAGGUUCCUCAGGCUAUGUGGUUGUGUGAGUUCUAACUUCAUGUUUUAAACUUAGGUGGCUGUAGUCAUCUUCAGAAACAGUAAGGCACUAGCUGGCUGCUUGGAAGACCUAAUUUUCGGUUCCUGCUCUGCAAGACUUCGUGCCUGAUCUCAAGGAAGUCUUUUAUCCUAUGCAGUGCUGUGCUUCUCAGCCUGUAAGAUGCAGGUAAUAGCACUGCCCUACCUUUGAGGCUGAUGUGAGGAUAAAUGCUCUGAGAGGCUGUGAGAUACUCAGACACGCCGGUAAAGAGGAGAGGGUGUCCGUAUGAGUGGAUAAGAUAACAGUUAAAAUCUUUUUCAGACACUGAUGACUCUUAGAAGCCCUGUGAAGGGCAGAUGCACUUAGUGUUGUUAUGCAGUUGCACAGCUGAAAUUUAAUGUUCUUUCAGCAGUGCAUUUACAGUUUUUUUCUUUUGUGCCAAUACUACUUUAGUGGAAAAGAGCUUUUGGCCAAAGUUUUCAAUCCCUAUUCCAAGGCAGCUUUUUAUUUCAAGACUCCCCUCCUCAAUCAGUCUUUCUGCGAAUGUGUUCUUGUCUACAGACUCUGACAGCAACUUUUUCAAGUGGCUUAAGACAUUGCUAAGUGUAACAAUGUAUUGUUGCUUGGUUCUCAUUUUAUACUGUGGUCUACAGCUUAAACCACAAAUGGAGGUGGGUUUGCUCUAGUCUUUGGGGCUCUGAACAAAGCAGUUGUUCAGAGUGCCUGUGCCUCAUCUUUCAUUCUGCCAGCUGUGUUACUGAGGAAGGAGGCCUAACUGCCCAUAGAAAGUUGCUGCUAAUAGCUGAGAUGAGCUAAUGUCUUAAACUACUGUAGCUGACUGCUUUGGCCUGUAGGAGUUAGAGCCCUGUCUCGUCUCCUUGCUUCUUGCUCUUUCUCUUCCUCCUAGUUCCAGUUUCCCUCUGUAAUUCUGCCCGUAGCUUCCUUCCAUGUUGCUCCUUAUUCUGUCUCCCCUGGCAUCACUCAACAAUUUCUGCUGCACUUUGUCCGGUCUCUACGGGAAGCACAUUGUUUCUGCUGGGGGAGCUUUGUGAAAAUUGAAAAAGAAAAAUGUUUGUGAAACUAUAUAUUGAUUCUUCGGUCAUAUUUAUUUUGAGCUAUUUAAAAGCUGUAGGUAAGCUUUAGUUUGAAAUGCAUGAAACUUCCAAAGUGUCAUAAAUUUCAUUAUGAACUAGGAAAAAAAAAAUUCAAGUGAGACCAUUUUUCAUUAUUUGAGGUGCAAGAAGUUUCUGAUUUUCAAAGGCUUCAAAUAUCCAUUAGGAAUGUUUCAUACUAACUGGUAACAGAGCUAACCCCUCCUCGUUAUUUGCUUGUGAAAUUAGGGGAUUGCUCAAAAUUCCCUUUUCUUCUGUCUGAUCAGAGCUGUUUAGCUAAGGGCACCCCAGCUCAACAGCACUGGGAUCCAGUGCUCAGCAGCCAGACAAAAAAGUCCAGCCAGUUCUGAAUACCUCAGCAUUUCUGUGUAAGCUUUUUUAAAAGCCCUGAAUGACUUCACGUCCACAGCUGGAGAUGCCUAAUUGCUUAAGCUAAGCUGACCACUUUCCUUCUCCAAAUCAAUGAUUUUGGGGUGCUCAAGCUGAGGUACCCAAAACCAGCAUGAUUCUGAAAAUACUUUUGUUUGCCUUUCUCAGCAUGAUAACCCCGUACUGAGUAGCCCCCAAGUUCUGUUGGGAUUUGCAGGAGUUGCUUGCCAAGUUUCAUGGAGGAGGGAGUUGAUUUUUACUUUUAUCUGAGCUUGUAAAUUCCCUGACCAAAAUCUCCUGAACAGAGAAGCCCUGCCUGUUCUAGCACAGCAUCUCAUUUUUCAUUCUACUCUUGAAGACAGCCUCGGACAAAUGACAGCUCUUCAAACAUUAAGCAUCCCUACAUGAAGCAUUCCAAGGGUGUGAUGCUGGCUUUUGGAUUCCUUUUACUGCCCCCUCCCCCCAACUUUUUCAUUACAUAAAGCUGACAACUGCAGAUUUGUCCUCUGUUGAUAUACAGCCAGUUAAAGAAAGGAGUUCAUGUCCAUCCCAGCUUGUUUCACUUUGCUGUUUUUCCUCCGCCAGCCCAAAUUUCAGCUCCAGUAAUAUGAUACCACUUGGCAGAGGUUAAGAGAAUCUUUGGCACAUUGGAAAGAGGCUUAAUGUAAAGUCUACUUUUUUUUUUUUUUUAAGAGCUUUUUGAAACUCUAGCAUUUCAGCACAACUUUGACAGUAACUGCAGGACUCCUCACAAAUGUUCCAGAUGCAACUGUGAGCAAAAGGAUUACCAAUGAAUGCAUUCUGUGAAGUAAAUGUCUUAGCGUUUCUCAUCUCUCUCUAAAAAGCAUUAAAGAACAACAUGGAUCCAAUAGAACAAUUUUCUGCAAACAGAAAGAAGAGCUUCCUCCCAGCAGACAAGAAAAAAAACAAUGGUUAUAGAUCUAUUGUGGGAUUUUUAUGCAUCUUCCCUGUGGUGGCUUUGUUGGCUAUUGUGGGAGACCCAGCUGGAGCUGCAGCUCAGAAGAGUCAGGAAGAUGCUACAUCACCUGGUCUUUAUGGAGUGAAUGCCUCUCCUUUGCACAGUCCAACUUUCCCACCUUCACCUCCAGCACGGAGAAAACGAUACACAAUCACACCAGGGCACUUGAAAUGGGACCACUUCAACUUGACGUACAAAAUCCUGUCCUUCCCAAGAAACCUCAUAAAUGCCAGUGAUACACGCAAGGGACUAGCAGCUGCAUUCCGAAUGUGGAGUGAAGUUUCACCAUUCAGCUUCAGAGAAGUGCCACGUCAUAUAGCUAGUGAUUUGAAAAUAGGUUUCUACUCUAUCAAUCACACAGACUGUUUGGAGUCUCUUAUUCACCACUGCUUUGAUGGAACAACAGGUGAACUUGCCCAUGCAUUCUUUCCACCCAAUGGGGAAAUCCAUUUUGAUGACCAUGAAUAUUGGAUAUUGGGGAAUACCCGGUUCAGCUGGAAAAAAGGUGUUUGGCUUACAGAUCUGGUACAUGUAGCAGCUCAUGAAAUAGGACAUGCCCUAGGACUUAUGCACUCCCUGAACCCUAAUGCCCUCAUGCACAUCAAUGCCACGUUGACUGGGAAAAAGACCAUCUCUCAAGAUGAAGUCUGGGGAAUUCACAGACUUUAUGGAUGUAAAGACAGAUUAUUUAUGUGCCCAUCAUGGGCACGAAAAGGUUUCUGUGAGAAACGCAGGAAGCUGAUGAAAAAGCACUGUCCAUCCACCUGUGACUUCUGCUAUGAAUUCCCGUUUCCAGCAAUCCCCUCUACUCUGCCCCCACCAAGGACAAAAACCAAGACUGUUUCUGAAGGCAGAAACGUCACCUUCCGCUGCGGACAGAAGCUCAUUCAUAAAAAAGGCAAAGUUUACUGGUAUAAAGAUAAGGAGCUUCUGGAAUACUCAUAUCCAGGUUACUUAUCCUUAAAUGAUGAUCACAUGAGCAUCAUUGCAAAUGCAAUUAAUGAAGGAACUUAUACUUGUAUAGUAAAGAAAAAAGAAAGAAUCUUGACCACUUACUCCUGGAGGAUCAGACUGAGGCACUAACAAGGGCCCUGGAAUGAGAACUUCAAUUAUUGCUAGUUCUGUUUCAAAUUCAAAAAUUUUCUUUAGCAUUUUGUAUUUAAUCUCCAGCAGUGCAAUCGAACUUUUAAAUCAGUUGCUUCCAUAACUUGGCAAGAGAGACUCUAGGACUUCAUUUUUGGAAAAAGCUUUUCCAAGUUACUUUUAAUGGUUAAGAAUUUAUCAAGUAUGUCCUGUACAGGUAGAGAAUUAAAAAAAAAAAAAAAAAAAAAAAA